AUGGAGUUCCGCAUCAACCCGGAGUGCUACCACCGCAUGUGCAAGACGUGCGUCGAGCGCAUCUUCAAGGACGGGCCCAACCAGUGCCCCUACGCCGGCUGCCACAAGACGCUGCGCCUACGCGGCUUCAAGGCCGCCUUUUUCGGCGACCUCGGCGUCGAGCGCGAGGUGGACAUUCGGCGCCGCGUCGCGCACGUCUUCAACAAGGUCGAGGAUGACUUUGAGACGCUCGACGACUACAACGACUACCUCUACAUGGUCGAGUGCCUGACCGACGACCUCGUCAACGGGCCCGCCGAGGCGCGCGCAAAGGCAGAGGCCCAGCUGGCCGAGUGGGAGGCCCGCCACAAGGCCGAAAUUGAGCGCAACCGCAAGCUCGCCCGCGAGUCGGACGAGUCGCGCCAGAAGCGCCUCGCCGCCGAGCAGGACGCCGCCCGCUCCCGCCGCCUGCAGGAUCUCCAGGACGAGGCCGACGAAAAGGCCAGCGCCGCCCGCUUCCGCGAGGAGAUGCUCAACUCGCUGCAAAACGCAGACGUCGGCCGCGCCGGCGAGGCCCUCGACCGCGUCCUCCUCAAGAAGCGCGGCCAGCAGAAGCGCGACGCCGCCCUCCACGCCGGAGCCGGCCCCGGCGGCCUGUCCAUCCGCGGCCUGCGCGACAAGACCAAGCCCAUUGUCGACGACGGGCCCUACGACCCCUUUGGCGGGCUCGACCUCGCUCCGCGCCGCGUCGACCUGGGGCCCGACUGCCUGCGCGACUACCACAGCGAGUGGAUCGACGCCAUCCGCUCCAAGGAUGAGUACCUGGUCGGUGGCUACGGCGCCGACGAGUACAUCUCGCGCGCCCUCUUCGAAGCCUUUUCCGGCCUCGGCGUCUUUGUCGCCGACGACAAGUCCGACCGCGCCGUGCCCACCGUCAUCGCCAGGGAGGCCGGCGCGCCAGGGCAGACGGCCGGCAAGAUGGACACGGAGGACGUGUUUUAA